AUGGGUGUUUUUAAUUUUGAUGAUGAGACCACUUCUAUUGUAGCGCCUGCUAUACUUUUCAAAGCUCUUGUUAUUGAUGCUGACACUCUUACUCCAAAGGUUCUUGAUGAUAUAAAAAGUGUUGAAACUGUCGAAGGAAACGGUGGUGCUGGUACCAUCAAAAAAUACACUUUUGUUGAAGAUGGUGAAACCAAGCAUGUGUUACACAAAGUGGACUUGAUAGAUGUUGCUAAUUUUGCUUACAACUACAGCAUAGUUGGUGGUGCUGGGCUUCCAGACACAGUUGAGAAGAUUUCAUUUGAGGCUAAAUUGUCUGCAGGACCAAAUGGAGGAUCCGUUGGAAAGCUGAGUGUGAAAUACUUCACAAAAGGUGAUGAUGCUCCUAGUGAAGAGCAACUCAAGAAGGACAAAGCUAAGGGUGAUGGUCUUUUCAAGGCCCUUGAGGGUUACUGUAUUGCUCAUCCUGAUUACAACUAA